CACGCACUACGUUGUUUGCAGUUUUGUGUUUAAUUUCCUGUUUUCUGAAAAUUUACAAGUUAUUAAGAGUACAAUCUAAGAAUGGUAGUUGGGCAAGUCUCAAUUUCAGCGCAGAGAUUAGAGCUUCGUCUUAAACGGAAGUUACACUGCCCUUGGCGUUCGGCGAAGUCUGAGGUUGUUAGCGAAAGUCCAGAAUAUUCGCAGCAAACAAAGACAACACAAAAGGAAAAACAAUGAGCUCGUCAACGACAUCAUCAUUAACAAGUUCAAAAUCUCUUACCAAUACUCGAGGUCAAGCUGGAAGAGAUAACGAUGAAAAAGCAGUAUUAACCAAGGGUCGUGUUCGAAAAUUAUCACCUUGUACCAUAGCCGAAGAGAGUUAUGUGCGACCCAUCAAGAGGGGACGGGUGAACAAAAACGAGGGAGGCGAAGAGCAGGCCGGACCAAGUGGAAGUCGAUCUAAAGACUUAGAGCACCACAAAUCUUCAGAGUUAGUCACUCUGCCUAGAGCGCGAGGGGAACAGACAGUGCAGCAUUCUCAAAGGAACAUAAAACAUGGGCGACUGCAGGAGCCAACGUUUGUUAUCAUAGACCUUGAAACUACCGACCUAAUCCAUGGCUCUCUGAUGCCCCAUAUUACACAAAUUGCAGUAAAGGAGAAAGAGACUGGAGUUUCAUUUUCAGUCUAUGUCAUGCCAAAGAUGCCAAUAACUCCUAACGCAACCAGGCUGACUGGUAUAUGUGUCGAUUUCAAAGGUGAUAUGUUGGUUAAUGGAAAGCGUGUAGAGUAUGUUUCGGCGCACAGAGCUCUCACACAAUUACGUACGUGGCUCAAGCAGUUCAAAAAUGUUGUCCUCGUAGCACACAAUGGGAAAGCAUUUGACUUUCCAAUAUUGAUGUCGGCGUUAAAGAAUAACAAAAUGGUCAAGAGCUUUCUUUCUUCCGUAACUGGAUUUGUCGACUCAUUGGAGGUGUUCAGAAAUAAAUAUCCGGGCCGCCGGUCAUACAAGCAGGUGGACCUAGCACGGAAACUUCUUGGCACUACCUAUAAUGAACACAACGCUAUAGCGGAUGUACAAACCUUAACACAAUUAGUUGGUUUGUGUACAACGUCUGUGCUCCUUUCGUUCAGGUUUUCAUCAGAGGAUAUCAUUAAUGAUUGAGCAUUCUAUCAGUUCAUGUUAAUGAUUGAUCGGCUGAAAUUUUGUGGUUAAAAAUAGAAAAAAACAUUCGAUGUCGAUCUAUAACAAGGACCAUACUUUCGGAUACAUUAUGUCGGAUACGUAGGGACUUCAGUAUCGUGUUUGCAGCUUGAUGUAUCAAACUGCCAGAAUUAUAUCACAUUAAAGUGCAAUUAAAUAUGUUCAACAGAAUUAUGUAUUUGGUAUUUCAUUCUUAUAUAUUAAAGUAAUUAUGCAGAAUUAUGUCUUUAAACAAAUACAGUCUCAAAUUUGUUGUUGUAAUUAUAGAAUGUUUUGGCUGUUUUGGUCACAUCGAGCUUACCAUUUACUACCUUAUACUCUGCAUGAUGACAUUUGAUCUACCUUCCACGUUAUUUGCUUUAUUAAGCUUGUAUUAGCUCUAACUUUUGCUUUUACCCUAUGUUAAAAUGUAUGUUUAAAAUAAUAGUUAUGUUCUUUUUUAAUAUUAAAAAUAUCGAAAAUAUAUAAUAUUGUUUAAAACGCACACCAAACUCAAGACUCACCUCCUAAAGACAUGUAAUGUUAAUUGCAUGCAUAUGUGAAUGACGUUGCAUAUGCUUCGCGCCAUCUUUCACAAAAUUAAAAACUUUAUUGUUUAAACAAUGAAUUUUAACUCGCAUUUGUUGAUAAAUGGUUCAAUUGA